UUCAAUAUUCUUUUAUAAAUUUAAUUAAUAUUUUAAAAUGUUCAGCAAUAAAAAUGUGUAUAAAAAUGAAGGAGUUGAUAAAUAUAUGAGUGAAAUCACAUCGAGGGUCGCAGCGGAGUCUGGUAUACCUAGUGAUCGGUAUCAUUUUGGGAAACUGGUCCUGCAGAGCUUGAAGGAUGAUCCCGAUUCAGUUAUGCAGAUUGACGGUGGCACCGGUGAAUCAGAGACAAACGGAUCAGCAUUAAAGAGAAGCAUAAAAUGCGCGACUUGCUUGAAGAAGUUAGGUCUGAAGAUUGGUGACGUCAUCAUCCUCAUGGGCGCCAACAACCUCGACCAGGCUAUACCGUUCUACGCCGCGCUCUACGAAGGCUUCAUUAUUGCCGCCAUUGACAAGACUCUCGUACUCAAUGAAUUGAAAGCCACAUUCUCAGUAGACAAACCUAAAGUCGUAUUUUGUCAAAGCAACAAAGUAGCUGAUGUGAAGAAAGCACUUGAACUGGCAGAACUUGAAGCUAAGAUCAUCAGUUACGACAGUAGCCCAGACUCUGAUGUUCUCACAUUUUCUGAAAUGAUGGAGAAGUAUGGUGAAGACAUCGAUGUUAAGGAUUAUAGGGCAGCUGAUUUCGAUCCCACAAAAACGAUAGCAUGUAUUAUAGCUACGAGUGGUUCCACUGGACUGCCCAAAGCUGCUAUAGUGACUCAUGAGGGAAUAACCAUUAAUACGAGAAAUAUUUGUUGUUACACCGGUAAUGAGUUUCCUGAGCCCAAGCCAGCUCUUAUUUUGUCUCCUCUUCAGUGGCUAUCUGCACUUAUACAUUAUCUGGCUGGUCCGAUAUUCAAGUACCCUCGAGUGCAGUCUUCAAGGGAUCUCGAUGCUCAACAUGUUUUCUAUCUGAUUAAUCAUUACAAGCCGUCAUUAGCAGUAUACAGCCCGCCGAUGCUCAUUUUAUUGCUGAAAGCUGCUGAACAAAUAAAAUGUGACUUCACUUGUUUUAACGUACUUUAUCUUGGAGGCAGUGCUGUACCAGAUUUCUUAUUCGACAAGUUAAAAGAAAUAUCACCGAAGACGCAAGUAGGAAAUACAUAUGGUAUGAGUGAACUGGGUUCCAUUGCAAUGAACCCAUUUGACGCCCCACUUGGCAGCUGUGGACGACGAUUCGCCCAUAUCGAAUAUAAGCUCAUCGAUGUAGACACUCAAAAGGAAAUCACAGAGCCUAACAAAGUCGGAGAAUUGUGGUUGAGAACAGCCUGCGGAUUUCAGGGUUAUUACAAUUGCCCCGAUGUUUCUGCUGAGGUGAUAACACCAGAUGGAUGGUACAAGAGUGGCGAUCUUUUCUACUUCGAUGAGAAUAUGUACGCGUACUUUGUUGAACGAUUGAAGCUCUUGUUGAAGUACAAGAAUCACCAGAUAUCUCCAGUUGAACUAGAGGCGGUUAUCCACACGCUACCAGGAGUCGUAAACGUGGCGGUAUCAGGAGUACCGGAUGAUGAAUGUGGAGAACUACCCAUCGCCUUCGUAUUACCAAGACCUGGAGUAAGCAUCACUGAACAAGAAGUCAAGGAUGUUAUCAAAGAAAACCUGACUGACACCAAACAGUUAAGGGGUGGUGUUGUAUUCGUGAAAGACCUUCCUCUGCUGCCGACGUCCAAAGUGGAUAGGAAGCAGUUAAAGAAAAUAGCUGAGAGUUAUGCGAAGAAAGCGUGAUCAAUGUCUUUUUAAGAUUUCGCAAUAAGUACUAUAAUGUUCAACAACUUUCAUACAGCGCCAUCUAGCGUCAUUUGAGCAAAA